UCCCCUCGCCCUACACAGCGACAGACGGUAUAAAAGGGCCAGAGCGGGCCGGGGCUGUAGCUGCAGCUGCGUGUCCCGGCCCCGCAAACUCGCUGGGGUUAACCCUUUCCUCGCUGUGUCCUGCCGGGGGCUGCUGCCCAGGCAAACCUCGAACCCAGACCCCACGGGACGGGACGUCAGUGAAAAGAAACAGAACAAGGACGAUUCAGUGACCUGGAGUUGAUUUGGUCAGCGCCUGCUAAGGCCUGGUUGACCCUGGGGAUAAAAGCAGUGUCAAGGGAAGCUUUGAAACCGUUCAUUCAAAUGCAACCCAGAUGCAGCCUGGCUGGUCGGGGUAUUCGGGCAAAACUCACAAUCCAAUUAUAUUUGAAAGGGGUUUUUCCUGAUCACCCCACGUAGCCAAACCGCGCCUGAGCUGUAAUCGAGUGAGCUGCUUUGAAACUGUCCUUACGAAGGGCUCUGCUGGCACCACCAGACCCACUGCGAACAGGGCCGUAGUUAUCGCUGGCUGCAGAAAGGUGGUUCAGGUGAACAUGUCUCCCAAGUUGGACUCCAUGAGUCUUUCAGAGAGAGAAGAGAUGUGGAACGAGUCAUCUCCUGCUGAGCCGACAGAGCCAGAUCCACGCCUGGGUUCCCAGGAAACCCCAAUGACACAAAACAGAACAAUUCAUGUGCCGAUCCCCCCACAGGGUGGAGAGAGCUGCACAAUCUGCCCUACAGGUUUGCUGUCUGGGUUGGAACCAUGGGCACGUCGCUGGGCAGUUCCAAGUGUGGUUCUCAAUCUCAUACUGACCAUCACCGUCAUCAUCCUCAUCUCACUGCCAGCAAAGAAACCUGAGCCGUGUCCAUCUUGUUCCGCCUGCCCAGACGGCUGGGUCAGGUACCUGGAGAAGUGUUACUAUUUCUCACAGGCCGAAGGGAACUGGACCUACAGCCAGAGCCACUGCUCUGCCCUCGGUGCCUCCCUGGCCGUGAUUGACACCCAGCAGGAAAUGGAUUUUGUGGUGCGCUAUAAAGACCCCUCUGACUAUUGGAUCGGCCUCCAGAGGGAACUGGACCAGCCCUGGAAAUGGGCCAACGGCACCAAAUUCAACAACUGGUUUCAAAUAGCGGGAGAAGGAACAUGUGCUUUUGCAAACAGUGGCCAUGUUUCCAGUUCAGGCUGCUCCAGGGACGCACACUGGAUCUGCAGCAAACCAGUGGAGAAACCAGAAGGCCGAGCAAAGCGACUGUGACCUGGAUGAGUUGGGCCUUGUCCUUUCCAUGGGGCUGUCCCAAGCUGCCGCAGCGAGUGGGGAACUGGAUGGGGCUGGCAAAGGGGGGACAUCCCCAGCAGCAAGGGCCAGAGAUGCUCGCUGAAGAACAUUAGCUCCUCCCCUUGGAGCCUCUGCCACGGAGCACCCCAACCCGGCUCCUCUGGCAGAGACAGUCACACCAGAGAUCAUCAAGUGACACGCAGGGAAAGGUUCUGUGAUGGGUCAGACCCCCAGGGUGUCACUUGGGGGGCUGGGACACGCACUGAACCGGACUCUUCUGCCAGCCUUGGCCCCCUUUCACCUGAACUCGCUAGGCUAGGCUCCCUCCAGCCUUUCCCAGCCAAAGUACCAUUAAAGGUCCUCACUUAGCAAAACUACAUUAGUAACACAGGUUUACAUGUCAUAUUUCCAACUUCAGAUAUAGAAAUGAUCCAUGCACACAAAUAGGAUGAACACAUUCAGUAGAUUACAAGCUAUCCAAUUAUAUGAAGCAUUUUGCAUGAAGCAUAUUCCAGUUGUCAUAUUCAUAAGCAUAUUUCCAUAAGAAAUAUGAUGUGCAAUGUUUCCAGUUUCAUUUGGGAUCACGGGCAGGCUGGGGGGGGCGAGGUUCUUCUUAAAAAUCCUCCAAGGAGGUAGCAAGUGGACAGCACGUCAGCUGGUAAAGCUCUGGUGCUGGACUGGGGAAGCUGAGACCCCAUCGUUAGUGACAGGAGUUAACAAUCCAUUAGGGCAGGAUGGGCAGAGGUGCGUCAGGUCACAAGCUGGACGGGAGCAAUGAACGGGCCAUGGAAGAAAGCUCAGAGUGGGACCUGACAGAGGUGAAAGGAAAUUAAUCAGGGGUGAAAUACAGGUGGAAACCCAGAUCCCCAGCUGGUGUGAAUGGAGCUGCACAUCCACUGGAGUCACUGGACCCAGAUCCCUAGCUGGGACGCACUGGAUCUGGGCUGAUGUACAUGAGGAGGGGAUCUGGG